AAAAAAAAAAAAAAAAACAGUAAAGCAAAUUUUUAACCGUCACAAAGUGAAAGAAUUUUAAAAAGUUCUAAUUUAAAUUGAAAAUUUGUGUUUGUGAAAUAGAAGAAAACCAAAAAGACGCUAUAACAAUGAGUAAUAUUGCGAAGCAGAGUUGUCGCCUGUGCCAAACGGCGGGCAAACAAAUCAAUUUCUUUCCCAAUCCUUGGAAGACAGCCGCGCCGGCCUUCUCCACAUCGUGCACAUGCAAUCAGACAAAUGCCGCUCACAAGCCGGAAACCCCUGUUAUGAUGUUCUCAAGGAAACUUCUUUCGAAAGUCUCUCUGAAGAACAUAACAGGACGUCCCGUGCCACAAGAGGAUCCCUGGAAGCCAUGGCCAAAUAGCGUAAAUCCACACACAGGCGAAAUUGGCGGUCCAGCUGGUCCCGAACCAACACGCUAUGGCGACUGGGAGCGCAGAGGUCGAGUCUCAGAUUUCUAGUCCAAAGAAUGCUCUAUUUUCUAACUAGCAUUUAAGCAUUUGUAAGAUACAAACGAAUUCCCAGAUAUUUACGCGCAUAUUGUGUUGAAGCAAUAUUUACUUAGUACUAGUAGUUAGUAAGCAUUCUAGACUGAAUAAGUGUGUUAAUUUAUAUUGUAAUAAAUGACCAAAAUAUUUUAUCUAAAAGAGAAACAAA